AUGGGUCAACGUGGCAGUGGAUGCAUUAGACGGCGCAAGCACAAGCACAACCAGUCAGCCAUUAACAGCGCUAUUUCAUCCGGCUUUGGUCUAAACACUACAGGUCCAGAUUUCCUUACCACACCAAUCUGCAGGAACACAAAAACGAUACGGCCUCCUUGGGGCACAAUUACUACCACUGUACAGUGCUCUGUAAACUCACCGAUGCUGACACCGAGAGCGCACUGCAGUGACAACACGCUCGUCCCCGAUAAACUGACUCGACGAUCCCACAUCAAAGCUCACUUUAUCCACAAAGCUAUACGGAUAAGAAACCAAACGGUCCCCGUUCGCAGGCAGAGAUUAAGCCAAGACAGCAAAAGCUUGACCGACCGAGUUUCCUGCCGGCACUUGAAUUAG